GGGAGAAAAAAAGAAAGAGGGAGAUGAGAGAUAGUCUCACACAUACAACACAACACAACACCAUACACUCUUCAGGAAUUUCUCUUCAUUCUCUGUCCCUCUCUCUCUCUCUCUCUCUCUUUCUCUCUCUUGUCUCUUUUGUUUCCUUCUGUUGUUUCUUUCAAUGCACUCUUAAUUUCUCUUGUUCAUUUUUAAUUGAACUUCUGGUGCUGAUGCUGAAGCUGGAUGAAGGCUGAAUAAGUGCAUCUUCUCUCUUUUCUGUCUUUCCUCUGCCACCUGUGAGUUGAAGUCUGUUGGAUUUCAGAAGUUUUACACUUUAAAGAGCUAGAUGACUGUGCAGAAGGGAAAGCGGAUGACCAUCUCCAUCCAGGAGCACAUGGCGAUUAAUGUCUGCCCUGGCCCCAUUAGGCCCAUCAGGCAAAUCUCUGCCUACUUUCCCCGCCUGUCCCCUACAUCCUCUGUCUCUGAUUCGCUGUCACCAAACCAGGCAGGGGUUCCAUCUACAGCACUAUCGGCUGGAGGUGGAGCAUCAGGGGGAGGGGGACUCCUGUCCCCAGUGUCUCCAGGGACAGCAGCGGGUGGAGGGACACUGUCUAUGAUGAACAGCAUGGAAACAUCUGUGGAGAUUGACAGCGGUGACAGUGAUGAUAACACUUCUUUGGGCACUCUGGAGUUUGACCUGCUGUAUGAGUCAUCCACAAGUUCCCUGCAUUGCACCGUCCUCCGUGCCAAGGGUCUGAAGCCCAUGGACUUCAAUGGUUUAGCUGACCCUUAUGUGAAGCUCCACCUGCUCCCUGGUGCCUGCAAGGCAAACAAGCUGAAGACUAAGAUUGUGAAGAACACCCUGAACCCUGUGUGGAAUGAAACGCUUACCUACUGCGGUAUCACGGAGGAGGACAUGUACAGAAAAACACUCAGAGUGUCUGUGUGUGAUGAGGACAAGCUGACGCAUAACGAGUUCAUCGGCGAGUCGCGUGUGGCCCUGCGGCGAGUCAAGCCUGAUCAACUCAAACACUUCAAUGUCUGCCUGGAACACCCACCUCCUCUGGCAUCUCCUACUGCCAUGACCACAGCACUGCGAGGGAUCUCCUGUUAUCUACGGGAGUGGGAGAGUGAGCAGCAGCGCAGUUUGGAAGAGCGUGGCCGUUUGCUGUUGUGUUUGCAGUUCCUGCUUCCAGCUCACACUCCUGAAGGUGGCGACGCUCCUCCAGAGGCUAAAGAAAGAGCGAAGGGCGGUUUAUGCGUUGGCGUCAAACGCUGUGCCCAUCUGGCAGCCAUGGACGUCAACGGACUGUCUGACCCCUACGUCAAAACGUACCUCAAGCCAGACGUGAAGAAGAAAUCGAAGCACAAGACAGCUGUAAUUAAAAAAACACUAAACCCAGAGUUUAAUGAGGAGUUUUUCUACGAGAUUACGUUGAAUGAUUUGGCAACUAAAACGCUGGAGGUGAGCGUGUGGGAUUAUGACCUGGGGAAGUCCAAUGAUUUCAUUGGGGGCGUGUCUCUGGGCUGUCAAUCACAGGGUGACGCCCUGCAGCACUGGAUUGACUGCUUGAAAAACAAAGGCCAGAAGGUCGAGCGCUGGCACACGCUGACCAACGAACUGCCUGGAUCCACUUUCUAGAAGCAAAAUGACCACCUUUUGUCUCAUUUUGCCAAUUUCGAUCCAUUUCUGAUUGGGUGCUCAUCCCUGUCAGUUAGUGACAGAGGAUUAUGGGUAACCAGCAAGCGGCGACGCUGGAAUGAAUUCCGACUGUCGGAGUAGAAGUUGGAAUGAUUCCCAUUUUGAUGUGGAGGAACUUGAUAUGAGUCAGGGGAGCAAUUUUUUAAUCAUCUUUAUUUUAAUUCCUCUAAUCUUUGGGUUUUAUUUGCAGCAUGUUCCACUCAAUAACACCUUAUUCUGAUUUGCAAAGCAAUGAACCUGAAGCUUAAAAUACAUUAAUAUUUUUUUCAAUGCAAUAAUAAAUAAAUGUCUUGCAAUAACACCCUGUUUGAUGAUGCUUCCAGAAAAUUCCUUCAAAAGUGGUCUUAAAUUAAAACACUGAGGUGGUUGUAGUUUAUAAUUUCUUUUUCAUUAAGCUGCACGCUGCUGAUUUAUAACUAACGACGAUUAACAGAAGUCCUUGCUAACUGUCUGUUUAUGUGUGUUUAUGUGGGCAUGCUCGAUGUGUUCAGUAUGGUUCCUCCUUUUCCAGAUCUUCCUUAUGGAAUGCCACCGUGCCCGUAAUGUGUUUCUGAGGAUGUUCCUGAUAUGCAGAUGUUAUUUGUGUUUACUUUUCACACUUGGUGCAGUCAGCAUUACUUCCUGCUUUCUCUGUCUGUGUUUAUUAAAGGUGCGCUCUGUGAUUUUAGGAUCAUUCUACCAACCUAACCAUGUUGCAGGGGGGACCUGUUGAGUGGGUGGGAAUUGGUGAAAAUGACCAAACUGGGGAGAAAAUUGGGUAAAAAAAAUCUAAGCAGGUUUCCAUGUCGGUGUGAGAGGGUAAACAAAACUAUUAACCCUUUUGGUCCUACUCCUGAACUAUUCUGGACUGGACAACUGAUACAAGCUAAAAAAAAAAAAGGGGGAGAGAGAGAGAGAGAGUGAAAUUGGCUCUCUGACAAGAUGUGUGCUAUCUGGAUUAUUACACAUUUUGAAUGAAGUUUUUUCUGGAGAAUGCAUUGCUCACUCUGCUUAUUUGGUUCAUCAUGAUAUCACAGUUAGCUCAGGUGAAAUCACACACCCCUCUUUUUUAUAAUAAAAAAAAAUGUUUAACAUACAUUGACUUUGCUGUAAAUAAGCUAGUAAGCGUUGCAACAAGGGGCUCACAUUAGCAUGUGUUAGUUUAUCAUAAAUAGCUAGCUAACCACUGAGCACAGACAACAUCCUCUAAAUGUCUUUGCCUGAGAGUCAAAUGAUGUCCAGAACCUCUGUACAAGGUUCGACAUGAGUUUUUUUUGGCAUUUAUGGUUUUAUUUACAGCAAAAGAAACACAAUUCCACACUAACUUCACUUAAAACUCAGCUUUAUUGAGUGCUAAACUAGCCAUGCUAAAUUAGGAAACAGGAGUAUGACUAGCCAGCUAGGUCAGACUAUAGUCAUUUUUACACUCCACAGAAAACUAACUCAUAAAUUAAUAUUAUAUUUGAUUACUGUACACAAUGUUUGUCUUUUUUUUUUUUUUUUUUUUUAAACCGUCCAUAACUUGCCAUCACUGAAGAGUUAAUUUAGCUAGCUAUGUACGUAACUAGCUAGACUAUGUUUUCUAGCCGGUUAAUUCCGUUAAGUGGUAAAUAGGGCUCUAUCUGCUUAUCCCUAUUUACCACACAAAAUAAAUACUACUUUACAAAAUGCUGAAAAUAAAUUUUCUCUUAGUUUUUUCUUAACAUUCGCUGCUCUCCCAUGUUCGUUAAAGCACGAUUUUUCCACCUGAUGUGCCGUUUAUUAGCAUUUUGAAUGGUGAACCGGUUGAACUUGUCUGUUAUUGAUCAGAAGGAGCAAAGGUAAUUAAAGUUUUUGUUGGGAUGAAAACUUUAUUACAGUUUGUUUAAUUUCAUACCCAACAAAAGUUAUAACUGGUGUUGAUUUUUAGGAGUAAACAGCAAAACCUGAUGAUUAUCCUGUACAUUUGUGAUAAAUAAAUUGAAAAAUUUGUCCUAUUAUAUGCCACUUUAACUUCUCUGGCAAUAACAGUGUCCUCCUUUCACAUCAACUUAGCACCCAACCACAACCUUCUCACAGGAAUAAGAAAAUACAGCAUUACUUCACAGCACAAAUAUUUCACUAUAAAAAUAUUUAAUGUGUUUCAAUGUAGAGGGUUCAUUUCAUGGCUAGCAAAGAUGGAAGCCUACCACUCAUAAGCUGGACAGAUACUGUACGAGUUCAGGCUAGGUUAUCUGGUUUACUGUAACUACAGAAAGGCUCCACAGUCAGAGCAACAGUUGGAGAUUGCUCACACUGUGAAGGAUACGUGAUAAGUGUAAAAUCACAGAGCACCUCUUCCAUUUCUUUAGCAUUUCUCCAGUGUUAUAAUGAUUCUGUAAAGAAUAUAGAGUAUUUCAGUUAUGAGAUUUAAACCUCUAUUUAUUUUAUGGACUGGUUGUACAGUUUUAUUUUUAUCUGUCUAUUCAUUUGCCUUUUAUCUGAAGAGUUACUUUUGUGAAUGGAGCAUGCUAAUAAUAAAUUAAUGUGUCUUUGUGUGUUUCAAUGCUGUUAUGAUCCUUAUGGGAAAAAAAACUGUGAACAAUGUGAUGAAUUUCUGUACACUGGUUGCUCUUCGCUGUGUCUGGAAUGAUGCACGAAUGUCGCUCUUUUUCUGACAUGGACUUGUUCCUUGAAUUUCAAAGACUUUUCUGAAA